AUGACUACUCUCCUCCUACUGGGCUGCCUAUCCAUGGCCUUACCAUACACCGGGUGUGGUGAGCCGGUAUCUCCGUUUAAUGUCCUGAAAGAUAGAGUGGACUGUAUGGAAAAGCAGCUGGGCAAGAUUGUAACCCCGGAAGAGGCCCUCAGUGCAACAAAUGCAAAACUGAAGUUACAGGUAGCAAGAGUAGACUCACUGAGGCAAGAGAAUGAAGGUACAUCUAAUAAGGUAGCAGCUCAGGAGGCCGAGCUCAAUGCUACAGAGGAAGACCUGGAGGCGCAGAAAGUUGAAGUGGGUAGACUGAGAGGCUUGGAAGAAAACCUGAACUCUCUAGAGCAGCAGCAGCUGGAUGGACAAAGAGUGUUGGUGGCCAGGCUCAAUGCCACGAAGUCAGAGCUGGAAGCUGAAGUGCAGGAGCUGAAGAGAGACAACAGAGCAAACGUGGCGUUGAAAGGAGUGGCUGCUCAGUCAUCUCUAUAUGGAAUCGGUGAAGCUUCAAAUGCCAUUGAUGGGAAUAGAGAACCUGAAUAUGACAAACGAUCCUGCAGCCACACUCAGGAUGACACCAACCCCUGGUGGAGAGUGGACCUGCUGGAUGUGUACAGAGUGACAGCUGUCACCAUCACCAACAGAGGAGACUGCUGUUCUGAGAGGCUGAAUGAUGCUGAGAUCCGCAUCGGUAACUCUCUGGAGAACAAUGGCAUCAACAACCCCAGAUGUGUUGUCAUCUCCCACAUCCCAGCAGGAGAGUCCAACACGUUCCAGUGUAAUGAGACGGACGGUCGCUUUGUUGUUGUGGUCAUCCCUGGACAGAACAAGAUUCUCACUCUGUGUGAGGUGGAAGUAUAUGGCACUCCUGCAGUAAAUGUAGCGGUGAAAGGAGUGGCCACCCAGUCAUCACUGUAUGGGGAUGGCCAGGCUAACAAUGCCAUUGAUGGCAACAGAGAAUCAAACUAUCACAAAAGAUCCUGCACACACACUCAACAGGAGACCAACCCCUGGUGGAGAGUGGACCUGCUGGAUGUGUACAGAGUGACAGCUGUCACCAUCACCAACAGAGGAGAUGUUGUUCCUGAGAGACUUGAUGAUGCUGAGAUCCGCAUCGGUAACUCUCUGGAGAACAAUGGCAUCAACAACCCCAGAUGUGUUGUCAUCUCCCACAUCCCAGCAGGAGAGUCCAACACGUUCCAGUGUAAUGAGAUGGACGGUCGCUAUGUUGUUGUGGUCAUCCCUGGACAGAACAAGAUUCUCACUCUGUGUGAGGUGGAAGUAUAUGGCACUCCUGCAGUAAAUGUAGCGGUGAAAGGAGUGGCCACCCAGUCAUCACUGUAUGGGGAUGGCCAGGCUAACAAUGCCAUUGAUGGCAACAGAGAAUCAAACUAUCACAAAAGAUCCUGCACACACACUCAACAGGAGACCAACCCCUGGUGGAGAGUGGACCUGCUGGAUGUGUACAAAGUGACAGCUGUCACCAUCACCAACAGAGGAGAUGUUGUUCCUGAGAGACUUGAUGGUGCUGAGAUCCGCAUCGGUAACUCUCUGGAGAACAAUGGCAUCAACAACCCCAGAUGUGUUGUCAUCUCCCACAUCCCAGCAGGAGAGACCAACACGUUCCAGUGUAAUGAGAUGGACGGUCGCUAUGUUGUUGUGGUCAUCCCUGGACAGAACAAGAUUCUCACUCUGUGUGAGGUGGAAGUAUAUGGCACUCCUGCAGUAAAUGUAGCGGUGAAAGGAGUGGCCACCCAGUCAUCACUGUAUGGGGAUGGCCAGGCUAACAAUGCCAUUGAUGGCAACAGAGAAUCAAACUAUCACAAAAGAUCCUGCACACACACUCAACAGGAGACCAACCCCUGGUGGAGAGUGGACCUGCUGGAUGUGUACAAAGUGACAGCUGUCACUAUCACCAACAGAGGAGAUGUUGUUCCUGAGAGACUUGAUGGUGCUGAGAUCCGCAUCGGUAACUCUCUGGAGAACAAUGGCAUCAACAACCCCAGAUGUGUUGUCAUCUCCCACAUCCCAGCAGGAGAGACCAACACGUUCCAGUGUAAUGAGAUGGACGGUCGCUAUGUUGUUGUGGUCAUCCCUGGACAGAACAAGAUUCUCACUCUGUGUGAGGUGGAAGUAUAUGGCACUCCUGCAGUAAAUGUAGCGGUGAAAGGAGUGGCCACCCAGUCAUCACUGUAUGGGGAUGGCCAGGCUAACAAUGCCAUUGAUGGCAACAGAGAAUCAAACUAUCACAAAAGAUCCUGCACACACACUCAACAGGAGACCAACCCCUGGUGGAGAGUGGACCUGCUGGAUGUGUACAGAGUGACAGCUGUCACCAUCACCAACAGAGGAGAUGUUGUUCCUGAGAGACUUGAUGGUGCUGAGAUCCGCAUCGGUAACUCUCUGGAGAACAAUGGCAUCAACAACCCCAGAUGUGUUGUCACCUCCCACAUCCCAGCAGGAGAGACCAACACGUUCCAGUGUAAUGAGAUGGACGGUCGCUAUGUUGUUGUGGUCAUCCCUGGACAGAACAAGAUUCUCACUCUGUGUGAGGUGGAAGUAUAUGGCACUCCUGCAGUAAAUUUAGCGGUGAAAGGAGUGGCCACCCAGUCAUCACUGUAUGGGGAUGGCCAGGCUAACAAUGCCAUUGAUGGCAACAGAGAAUCAAACUAUCACAAAAUGUCCUGCACACACACUGCACAGGAGACCAACCCCUGGUGGAGAGUGGACCUGCUGGAUGUGUACAGAGUGACAGCUGUCAGCAUCACCAACAGAGGAGACUGCUGUUCUGAGAGGCUGAAUGAUGCUGAGAUCCGCAUCGGUAACUCUCUGGAGAACAAUGGCAUCAACAACCCCAGAUGUGUUGUCACCUCCCACAUCCCAGCAGGAGAGUCCAACACGUUCCAGUGUAAUGAGAUGGACGGUCGCUAUGUUGUUGUGGUCAUCCCUGGACAGAACAACAUUCUCACUCUGUGUGAGGUGGAAGUAUAUGGCACUCCUGCAGCUACAGGCAUAAAUGUAGCGUUGAAAGGAGUGGCCAGCCAGUCAUCACCGAAUGGGUAUGGCAAUGCUCACAAUGCCGUUGAUGGGAACAGAGAAUCAAACUAUCACAAAAGAUCCUGCACACACACUCAACAGGAGACCAACCCCUGGUGGAGAGUGGACCUGCUGGAUGUGUACAAAGUGACAGCUGUCAGCAUCAUCAACAGAGGAGAUGUUGUUCCUGAGAGACUUGAUGGUGCUGAGAUCCGCAUCGGUAACUCUCUGGAGAACAAUGGCAUCAACAACCCCAGAUGUGUUGUCAUCUCCAACAUCCCAGCAGGAGAGACCAACAGCUUCCAGUGUCCUGAGAUGGAGGGUCGCUAUGUUGUUGUGGUCAUCCCUGGACAGAACAAGAUUCUCACUUUGUGAGGUGGAGGGUUACAGCAUUCUUGCAUGUAAUUAUCUGCAACUAUCUUCACUUCUCACAUGAAGCGUUAGGUGUGUGUAGUUCACACUAGAUCAGAACAUUCAGUGCCUUCAAGAAAGUAUACACACCCCUUAACUUUGAUAUUUAAAUAGAUUUGUCUUCUUUUUUUGUCAAUGAUCUACACAAAAUACUCUGUCAGUGGAAGAAAAAUUUGAAGUGAGAACCAUUUUACCUUUUAGAUGGUUUUUCCUAGAACUGAUGAACAGUUCAAUCAGCCUUAUUACCCUUUAAAAUGUUAUUAUUUAUGACAAUACAUUACAUACAGAACCAGUCAAAGGUUUGGACACACCUACUCAUUCCAGGGUUCUUCUUUAUUUUGACUAUUUUCUACAUUGUUGCAUAAUAGUGAAGACAUCAAAACUAUGAAAUAACACAUAGAAUUUUGUAUUAACCAAAAAAGUGUUGAACAAAUCCAAAUAUAUUUUAUAUUUGAGAGUCUUCAAAGUAGCCGCCCUUUGCCUUGAUGACAGCUUUGCACACUAAUAACUCAAUAAGAAUAACAAUAACGAGGCUACAGUCGUGGCCAAAAGUCUUGAAUGACACAAAUAUUAAUUUUCACAAAGUCUGCUGCUUCAGUUUGUAUGAUGGCAAUUUGCAUAUACUCCAGAAUGUUGUGAAGCAUGAUCAGAUGAAUUGGAAUUCAUUGCAAAGUCCCUCUUUGCCAUGCAAAUGAACUGAAUCCCCAAAAAUCAUUUCCACUGCAUUUCAGCCCUGCCACAAAAGGACCAGCUGACAUCAUGUCAGUGAUUCUCUCGUUAACACAGGUGUGAGUGUUGACGAGGACAAGGCUGGAGAUCACUCUGUCAUGCUGAUUGAGUUUGAAUAACAGAUUGGAAGCUUCAAAAGGAGGGUGGUGCUUAGAAUCAUUGUUCUUCCUCUGUCAAUCAUGGUUACCUGCAAGGAAAAACGUGCUGUCAUCAUUGCUUUGCACAAAAAUAUUUGCCAGUAAGAUUACACCUAAAUCAACCAUUUAUUGGAUCAUCAAGAACUUCAGGGAGAGCGGUGCAAUUGUAGUGAAGAAGGCUUCAGGGUGCCCAAGAAAGUCCAGCAAGCGCCAGGACCGUCUCCUAAAGUUGAUUCAGCUGCGAGAUCGGGGCAUCACCAGUACAGAUCUUGCUCAGGAAUGGCAGCAGGCAGGUGUGAGUGCAUUUGCACGCACAGUGAGGUGAAGACUUUUGGAGAAUGGCCUGGUGUCAAGAUGGGCUGCAAAGAAGCCACUUCUCUCCAGGAAAAACAUCAGGGACAGACUGAUAUUCUGCAAAGGUACAGGGAUUGGACUGCUGAGGACUGAGGUAAAGUCAUUUUCUCUGAAUCCCCUUUCCGAUCGUUUGGGGCAUCUGGUAAAUAGCUUGUCCGGAGAAGACAAGGUGAGCGCUACCAUCAGUCCUGGGUCAUGCCAACAGUAAAGCAUCCUGAGACCAUUCAUGAGAUUACAUGAACCCUUCUCAGCCAAGGGAAUGGGCUCACUCACAAUUUGCCUAACAACACAGCCAUGAAUAAAGAAUGGUACCAACACAUCCUCCGGGAGCAACUUCUCCCAACCAUCCAGGAACAGUUUGGUGACGAACAAUGCCUUUUCCAGCAUGAUGGAGCACCUUGCCAUAAGGCAAAAGUGAUAAUUAAGUGGCUCGGGGAACAAAACAUCGAUAUUUUGGGUCCAUGGCCAGGAAACUCCCCAGACCUUAAUCCCAUUGAGAACUUGUGGUCAAUCCUCAAGAGGCGGUUGGGCAAACAAAAACCCACAAAUUCUGACGAACUCCAAGCAUUGAUUAUGCAAGAAUGGGCUGCCAUUAGCCAGGAUGUGGCCCAGAAGUUAAUUGCCAGGGCGGAUUGCAGAGGUCUUGGAAAAAGAAGGGUCAACACUGCAAAUAUUGACUCUGCAUCAACUUUAUGUAAUUGUCAAUAAAAGCCUUUGACACUUAUGAAAUUAUUGUAAUUAUACUUCAGUAUUCCAUAGUAAGAUCUGACAGAAUUAUCUAAAGACACUGAAGCAGCAAACUUUGUGGAAAUUAAUAUUUUUGUCAUUCUCAAGACUUUUGGCCAUGACUGUAGAUGAAGGGGAGGUGACAGGUUAAAGAAUAAUUUAAGAUAAUUGAGACAUGGAUUGUAUGUGUGCUAUUCAGAGGGUGAAUGGGCAAGACAAACAAUUUAAGUGGGUUUCAACUGGCGAGUCAACUGUGAGGCUUGCAGAAUGCUGAGAAUCAACCGGGGCAUCGCCAUCUGGUGGUCUCUAAAGAGAACAGGCUCAGAGUCAUUGGGACUGCAUGUUUGAGGUAACAUCAACCCAACCUCUUGCCUGCAAAAAGGCUAUUUGGACACUCCUGGUGCAAAACAAUAUUUUAUUUCAGAAUUGGAAAAAAAUGGUUUAGGGUUAGUUUCAGGGUUAUAUUUUGCAGGUCAGGAAUGUCCUUAUAGCCUCUCCCUCUUGCCUGGAGAAAUAUGCCCUGGGCCAUAGCCACGGGAAGUAGGGGUGCUGAGGUUGCAGCAGCACCCCCUAAAAAAAUGUGACACUUAUUUUUCUCACAAAAAAAUAGUGCACUGGGCCUGUAUUAGUUCAGUAUUAGUGGACAGAUGAUAGCCUUUGACGUAAAUUUGACAAAGCUGGAUCCCUUCUGAAGCGUGACAUUUUUAUUUCCAAAAGAAUGUAGGUCUAGAAGAGAUCUAACAAGUGCAGCGUUUCUCAAACUAGGUCAUUACAUUUUUUGCCCGAGCAGUACACAGCUGAUUCAAAUAGUCAACUAAUAAUUUAGCUUGGAAAAUGUGUCAGUCAACUGCAUAGUGUUAGGGCAAACAUCAAUAUGCGCACCCAUUGGUGUCCCAAGGACCACUUUUGGAAAACACUGCACAAAAAAAAUCUACAUUUGUUAGUUUUCUUCCAGACCUAAAUAUUUGACUUCUGAUGUGAUUCAAGCACUGACAUGGACUCUCAAAAUGCAAUAUAUAUUUUUUUAUCUCUAAACAAUUGUACUUUUGAUAAUGAAAAACUAAAACUCUAAAACCAUAAAAUAAACAUUUUGAAAACAUAAUUUUGGAAAAUCUAAAACAUAACUUGGGGGCCCACCUUAGCAUUGUUUAUUAACCAAUAUUUUACCAGGAAUAUUGACAGAGAACAGUGUACUACUUUAUCUUCUACACUUACAACUUGGGGAAGAGUUUCACGGGAGAGAAGAAAAGGACAUUCCUAUUUGAAAGCUAGAAUAAAAUGAUUGGCUUAAGACAUGUUUCUUUUUUUUAAGGAGCUCUCAUGCUAGAAAAGGUUGUAGACCCCCAUCGAGAGAAUAUAGUAGACGGUUGCUGUAAAAAAGUGAUUGAUCAGUUUUUCCUGUGUUUGUCCUAUUAAGGACAUCCUGUUCGGAUGUUCUCACGCUAUUUAGGGUGUGCUUAUGUAACUUGAUAGUGCAGCUGUUUCUUUGAACUAAAGCAAAUGUUUGAAAAACAUUUUUUUGCCUGAUUGUGUGGUGUAGUGACCUUCUUGAACUUAAAGAAAAUGUGAUUGAAUAUUUGAAACAGUUGG